AUGGUAUCAAAGACUCGGAACAGCACCAAGGGCCUGAAGGAACAAGACAGUGCAUUGGACUUGUCACCUACGCUAAAUGCACAUAUAACACGAAGGGCUCCCAUAGAUACUCCUCAACAAUCACUUAUGGGCCUAAAAACAACUAGCAAGGCCAAGGAAGCCAAGAACAUCACAAGGAACAGCAACCAAGCUCCAACAGGACAGACAGACUCCAAGAACAGAGCCACAGAGCUACCUAGCGAACAGCUGACCUUGGUGAACCGCCUGAGUUCAGACCGGGAUCACUUAGACCGGAAGGAGGGCUGGAAUGGCAUCUCUCUACAUGGGCCAAGCCACCAAGGGCCAAGGGUCUUACUAAAAGUGCACCAGGAAGACAGGAGUGAUCUUCCUAUUUCAUUUUCAUUGUCAUUCAUUUGUUUUUCAUUAAUUCGUAUUGUCAUACACAGAACAUUUAAUAAAUUUCUGAAUUUGGGAUUCUUGCAUUUUCGAUUUUCGCAUACAUUUCAUAAUCAUCAUUUUCGUGCAUUGCUGGUUAAAUUAGCUGUCUCUGGUCAAGUGGAUAUGACCAUGGAGGAAAGAUUUGGGAUGUUAGAGGAAAGUAUGAGGUUAGUCAUACAAAAUUUGAAUCAGUUAAGGAUUGACCAUCAACAAGAUAGAACACAAAACCCUAAUUUGCGACCCUACGAGGAUAGAACUAUUAAGAUUGAUAUACCUGAAUUUGACGGCCAAUCUUAUGAUCCAGGAAGGUACCUAGAAUGGGAGGAUAGAAUGGAUAACUAUUUUGAAUUCAAGAAUACACCCCCAGACCAACAAUACAAGCUAGCCAAGAUCAAAUUGACGAAAUCAGCCGCUAUAUGGUUAGAGGGACUUCAAAAGCGUAGAGUCAGGGAGGAAAGGGGUAGGAUUAACUCUUGGACCAAGCUCAAGAAACACAUGAAAAGGAAAUAUGUCCCUACCUCUUACAAACAGCAGCAGUACAUCCAACUAAAUGCCAUGAAACAGGGAACAAAAUCUGUGGAUGAGUAUAGAAAUGAGUGGGAAAGGUUGUAUGUGCUUUGUGACCCCCAUGAAACUGAAGAGAUGAGAGUGGGAAGGUUCAUAGCUGGGCUGAGGGAGGAAAUCAGGGAUAGGCUGAUGACUACACCUGACCUCACAGUGCACAUAGCCAGUUUGCAGGCUGUGGAGAUUGAGAGGCAAAUCAAUAGGGCAGCCCACUCCCAAAACAGAGGCACAAGGACCUACACCCCUAGGAAUACGAGCACCAUCCCUGCACCUAAGAGAGACACUUCCAGCAGUGGGAUAAAGGUUAACACCACUAGAGGGGACCCCACUACCAACCCUAAGGAUGUGGUCUGUUUCAAAUGUAAUGGGAGGGGCCAUUACAAAAGAGACUGCCCUAAUGCAAGAGCCUUCACCAUGAGGGAAUGGAAUGAAAUCAGACAGGACACAAGACCAAAGAAAAUCUUGGUAGCCAAAAACGGGCAGGAAGAGGAGAUGUACCCCCCAAAUUUGAGUGAUGAUGAUGGCACCUAUGUAACGGAUGAUGAGGGAAACUUACAGAGGUUUGAGGGGAGCACUGAAGAGGAUGAAGAUGAAGAGCUGGAGAGAGUGUUGCCUGAGGAGGAGCACCUGAGUCUGGUCAUUAGAAGGAGCUUUCACACCACACCCUUAGCUAAGAGAUCAGACCAGAGGGAAAAUAUAUUCCAAACCAAGUGCAAGAUACAGGGGAAAGUGUGUGAUCUUAUUAUUGACAGUGGGAGUGAGUCCAACUGUGUGAGCAGGCAAUUAGUGACCGAGCUGAAUCUAGAUACCAAACCUCACCCUCACCCUUAUAAGAUGAAGUGGCUUGACAACAAAGCAAGUGGGUCAGUAAGCAAGCAGUGCUUAGUGAGCUUAGCCUUAGGGACUUAUGUUGAUGAAGUGAUGUGUGAUGUCUUAGACAUGGAUGCUUGCCAUUUAUUGCUUGGGAGACCUUGGCAAUAUGACAAAAAGACUACCCACAAUGGCUACACCAACACUUACACCCUCAAACAUAAUGGGAAAAAGAAGGAGUUGAUUCCCCUGCCCCCACACAGGGCUGUUCCCCCUAAACCAGUUAAGGCACCUAUACAUCUGAUGACUAGAAAGGAAUGUGAGAAGGAGAUUGAAAGCAGAGAGGAGCUAUACUUGUUGAUCAUGAAGGAAAUACAAAAUCAGCCCUCAAUACCCCCUGAGCUACAGAGUCUGCUUGAACAAUUUAAGGAUGUUUUUCCCAGUGACUUACCACCUGGCCUUCCCCCUGUGAGAGGCAUAGAGCACCAGAUUGACCUUGUUCCAGGAGCUAGCCUACCUAAUAAGCCUGCCUACAGAUCCAACCCCAAGGAAACUGAGGAAUUACAGAGACAGGUCAAUGAGCUAAUACAAAGAGGCUAUGUUAGGGAGAGUUUAAGCCCAUGUGCUGUACCUACCCUGUUAGUGCCAAAGAAAGAUGGCACAUGGAGAAUGUGCAUUGAUAGCCGUAGCAUGAACAACAUAACCAUCAAGUAUAGGUUCCCUAUUCCCAGGAUUGAUGACAUUAUAGAUGAAUUGGGAGGCUCAGAAUGGUUUAGCAAGGUAGACCUAAGAAGUGGGUACCAUCAGAUUAGAAUGAAAACAGGGGAUGAGUGGAAAACUGCUUUCAAAACCAAGUAUGGGCUUUAUGAGUGGCUGGUGAUGCCCUUUGGUUUGACUGGAGCCCCAAGCACUUUCAUGAGGCUGAUGAAUGAGGUGCUUAGACCCUUCUUAGGGAAGUUCAUUGUAGUCUACCUGGAUGAUAUACUUGUUUACAGCAAGGGAGUCACAGAACACCUAGAUCACUUACAACAAUUAUUUGAAGUAUUAAGGAAACAGAGGCUGUAUGCCAAGCUUGAAAAAUGUAGUUUCCUCCUACCUGAAGUGAGCUUUCUAGGUUACAUUAUAGGGAAGGAAGGAGUAAGAGUUGACCCUGCCAAGGUCCAAGCUAUACAAGAAUGGCCUACACCCACCACCUUGACACAGGUGAGAUCAUUUCAUGGCUUAGCUUCCUUCUACAGAAGGUUCAUAAGGAACUUCAGCUCUGUUUUAGCACCUGUAACAGAGUGUACCAAACAGGGGAGGUUUGAAUGGACCCCUGCUGCUUAA